UUUUUUGUUCUUGUUGUCAAACUUAAUAAAUCAUUUUUCUGCGGAAUAAUUAAGAAAAAUUAGAAUUUUUUUAAUUUUAUUAACAAUAUUAAUGUUAAAAGCUACUACCAAACAAGCUUCAAAUUUUCUACGUUUUUACGGCAAUAUGUCAACAGGUUUAGCUUUGCCAGAAGUGAUUAAACGUUUAGAGGCGUUUGCUCCUUUAAGUUAUGCCGAAAAAUGGGACAAUGUGGGUUUACUGCUGGAACCCUACAAUCAGGGACCUAUUGAAAAAAUACUUUUAACAAAUGAUUUAACCGAACGUGUCAUGCAAGAAGCUUUGGAUAAAAAUGUCAAUAUGAUUGUGUCCUAUCAUCCGCCAAUAUUUUCUGCUUUAAAGAGAAUCACUCAAAAAACAUGGAAGGAACGUAUUGUUUCCAUAUGCUUGGCUAAAUCAAUUGCUUUAUAUUCUCCUCAUACAGCAUGGGAUGCUGCAUUGGGUGGUGUUAAUGAUUGGCUGGCCACAGCAUUACCCAUUAAAGAUAUCAAACCUAUUAAGCCCCUAGCCGAUUGCGAUGAUGAAAAUGUUGGCUCUGGACGCACCUUUAACACCAACAUUUCCCUUAAAAAUGCUAUAACAGCCGUACAAAAACACAUUGGCCUAGAUGUUCACGUAGCCAUGGCUGUCGAUCAUAACCUGGAGACUAAAAUUAAAGAAGUGGCUUUAUGUGCCGGUUCGGGUGGCUCAUUAUUGCGUGGCAUUAAGGCAGAUCUAUAUAUAACAGGAGAAAUGUCUCACCAUGAAGUGUUGGACGCUAAUCACAAUAAUGUAACUGUGAUACUAUGUAAUCAUAGUAAUUCGGAAAGAGGUUUCCUUAAGAACUUCCAAACCAAAUUAGAUGAUAUGCUAAAUGGUGGCUGUGAGAUUUUAGUUUCACAGACAGAUGAAGAUCCUAUUAAGACAUUUGUUAAAAAUAAUUGAAUUUUUUAGGGUUUUUCCAAAGAGAAAAAACACAAAAGUGCAUUUUUUUUUUAAUUGUCUUUAUAUUUAAAAUAUUUUUAUUUUCAUUAAAUAUUAAUAAUAAUAUUUGAAUUGAUAUUAUUUAUAUGGUUUUUCUAACUAUACUAUUUAAGAUAAUGAUGGAAUGAUAUUGAAAUUAUAAAUUAAUAAAAAAAACUAAAA